CCAGGACACAAGGUGGCAGUAUGGUGCGCCGAACAAACAUGAACCGCCAAAACAAUCUGAGAAAACGAAGACAAAACGCGGCUAGUUUUGCUAGCUUGCAGCUAGCCCAGCAGUAACCCCAAAUUAGCGAAACAUGGCUGCUGUGCUCCCCCCGAGACCACAGUGCGACAGCAACCCCGCCACGCCCGGAUCACAGUCCCUCAAGGAGGACAUAACGGGAGAUGAGUCCAACGAUGGAAGCCAGCCUGCAAAAAGGCGACGAAUGGGUUCAGGGGAUAGUUCAAGAAGUUGCGACACCUCAAGUCAAGACCUUGGGCCAACGUAUUUCCCAGCGGAGAACUUGACCGAAUACAAGUGGCCAGCAGAUGACACGGGAGAGUAUUACAUGCUACAAGAGCAGGUCAGCGAGUAUCUGGGAGUUACAUCCUUCAAGAGGAAGUACCCGGAUAUGGAAAGAAGAGACCUAUCGCACAAAGAGAAGCUCUACCUACGUGAACAGAAUGUCAUCACCGAGACGCAGUGCACUCUGGGUUUAACAGCUCUGCGGAGUGACGAGGUCAUCGACCUGAUGAUAAAAGAGUAUCCUGCCAAACAUUUAGAGUACUCGGUCAUUCUCCAGGAGCGAGAGCGACAGAGGAUAGCUAAAGAGUACUCCCAAAUGCAGCAGCAGAACCCUCAGAAGGUGGAGGCCAGCAAGGUUCCGGAGUACAUUAAGAAGGCGGCCAAAAAGGCGGCCGAGUUCAACAGUAACUUCAACAGGGAGCGAAUGGAAGAGAGGAGGGCCUAUUUUGACCUCCAGACACAUGUUAUUCAAGUGCCCCAGGGCAGGUUCAAGGUGCUUGCUCCAGAACUGACCAAGACGGGUCCCUACCCAGUUGCUCUUAUACCAGGGCAGUUCCAAGACUACUACAAAAGUUACUCUCCCAAUGAGCUCCGUUACCUGCCUUUGAACACAGCCCUGUUUGAGCCUCCGCUGGAUCCAGAACUCCCUGCGCUGGACUCGGAACCUGACUCAGAUGAUGGAGAAGACGAUAAAAAGAACAAGAACUCCUCUGACAGCUCUUCAGGCAACACAUCAGACGGUGAAAGUCAGGAGGGAGGAGGCCACAAGUCCAAGCCCAAAGACAGGAUGUCCACGCUGGGCAAAGAUGGGAGCCAGCGCCAGUCCCACAAAGCCACUCCCGGGUACAAGCCUAAGGUCAUUCCCAAUGCUAUAUGUGGCAUUUGCCAGAAGGGUAAAGAGGCCAACAAGAGAGGCAAACCUGAGGCGCUCAUUCACUGCUCCCAGUGUGAUAACAGUGGCCACCCGUCCUGUUUGGACAUGAGCGAGGAGCUGGUGUGCGUGAUCCGGACGUACCGCUGGCAGUGCAUGGAGUGCAAAACGUGCACCGUGUGCCAGCAGCCCCACCAUGAGGACGAGAUGAUGUUCUGCGACAAGUGCGACAGAGGCUUCCACACCUUCUGCGUUGGCAUGGGCUCCAUCCCCACAGGUCUUUGGCUGUGUGAGGUGUGCGAUAAAGAUUUCAGCGCACCCAAGAAGAAAGGUGGAGCGAAAACACCGAAAAAGCCCAAGUCAGUGCAAAAGUGAUUUAAGUGUACUCCGUGGACCACAACUAGGGGGUGGCAGACGUUUUGAAACUGAAAGCUACUGAGUGGGGGCAAAACUUAUGAUCAAGUCAGAAGGGACGAGAAAACAAUGGCCACAACAAAUUCCUACGGAAUCACAAUGUCCCCUCACUGGUGAGCGAUGUUUAGAACAAGCCCGUGGACUACACAUCUGGUCCUUGGAGGGGUUUUUUUUGUGACUGUGGACACCAUGUUGGUGAACCCUAAUCUAGACUGAGUAAUGAUAUUUCACCUCAAAUGUUGUUUUGGGAUCUGCAAAUUCAUUUUAAGCACUCCAACUAAAUCUCAUGAGCAAUUUAUGACAAGCUGUUACCAAUUGGCAACUGAUAUACAGUGGCUGAAGUAAAUAUUUACCAUGUCAACAUUUUUCUCAUUAAAUAUAUUUCCAAAUGCCUCACAGUUCUGAGGUCCGGGGUUCAAUCCCAUACCCGCCUGUGUGGAGUUUGCAUGUUCUCCCCGUGCCUGCGUCGAUUUUCUCCGUGCACUUUGGUUCCCUCCUACAUCCCAAAAACAUGCAACAUUAAUUUAACACUCUAAAUCAGCGGUCGGCAACCUUUGACACCGAAAGAGCCAUUUGAACCCGGUUUCCACGGAAAAGAAAACACUGGGAGCCGCAGAUCUAAAAUGAAAAAAAAAAAAAACUUCUACUACUUUACCACAGCAUGUUUCUUAUGAAAUCCACGUGGACUCAUCACAGGCGAUUGAGUACGCUGCUGUUUUGUGAUAUUUUCUGCCAUUUUUAUGGUUCUGUCUUUGACAGUCUUUGCAGAGAGAGGCAUCUCUCUGAUUUUCUGCACAAUUUCGUCUUUGUUUUUAAAGUCCGCAAAUAAGUGUUCUGAAAUCUUAAGGAAUGAUUCUUUCAUAUAUUCUCCAUCUGUGAACGGUUUCCCAUGCCUGCCUAUUUCCUGAGCGGCCACAAAGCUUGCAUAUGUAGUUGAAUUUGCAGACUUCACCCACUUCUUGAAUUGAUUUUUCGUCCAGUCAGCCUUCUGCAUCAGUUCCGAAACAGCUUUUUUCCUCUCUUCUCCCUCUGGAUAUUUUUCAGCAAAGGCUCUGUGUGUAUUGUUAAAAUGUCUUGCGACAUUUGACCGUUUAUUGUUAGCCAGUUUUUCUCCACAAAUUAGGCAUACUGGUAGGCCACUCUCGCCCGAGGUAAAUGCAAAUGAAUCUGCCCAGGCAUCAUUGAAUGUUCUAUUUUCUUGAGAUAUUUUUCUUUUCUUACAUUUCUCCAUUGGCUUUGCCGGGCUUGAAAGUCGCUCAAAAUAGACGGCGUUUCAGCGGGUAUACCCGCUUCCGCAGUGUGACGUCUAUUUUGAGCGACGAAAAAAUAAUAUCAAAUAAUUUAAUUAAUAUUUUAAUAUUUCAAGAUCACAAUAAUCUUCAAAUUUAGAAAUAAAAUAAUAUAAAAACUAACACAAAUAAAACACACUUCAAUUAAAUACAAAAAAAAAAAAUUGAGUAAUUUAUUUUCCCAAGCCAAUCAGAGCCGCAUUAUAAGGAUGAAAGAGCCGCAUGAGGCUCCGGAGCCGCGGGUUGCCGACUGCUGCUCUAAAUUGCCCCUCGGUGUGAUUGUGAGUGCAGCUGUUUGUCUCCAUGUGCCCUGCGAUUGGCUGGCAACCAGUUCAGGGUGUAUCCCGCCUCUCGCCCGUUGACGGCUGGGAUACGCUCCAGCACUCCUGUGACCCUCGUGAGGAUAAGCGGCUAAGAAAUGGAUGGAUGGAUAUAUUUCCAAGGUGCUAUUGACAAAAUGUUGAUGUUGAGAACAACCCAAGUAAUCCAUACAUACAAAUAAAGUAGAAUAAGUGACAUUAGAAAUUAAGAUCUGUGCAAUAAUGUGAAAUGACAGAGGGGGAAAAAAAUUGAACACGCCAACUGGUAUUUAAUACCGGCACUUUGUACAAAAGCCUGUUUACAAUGACAGCUUCAACACAACACCUGUAUGGAAAAACUAGUGCCAUACAUUGCUCUAGAGUGAUUUUGGUCUUCAAUUCUUGAAGCUUCCACGGCCAUCUUUUGUCAUCCUUGGCUUUCACUUUUUCCAUGGAUUUUUGACUGGAUUCAAGUCAGGUGAUGGGCUGGGCCAUUGUAGUGGCCUUUGUUUUUUCUUUGAAACCAAUUUCGAGUUCCCUUGUCCGUUUGUUUUGUAUUAUUAAACUGCUGAAACGUCCACUCUCGUUUCAUUUUCAUCAUCCUUGAAAAUGGCAGCAGAUUUUGUCGAGACUUGUUGUUUCCUUUAAUCAUAUCGUUUACCAGUACCAUAUGCUGAAAAGCAGCCCCACACCAUCAUGUUCCCACCUCUGAUUGUCACUGUUGGUGUGUUUUUUUUAAGUGCCAUUCUUCCUCCAAACGGGUUGUGCAUUAUGGCAUCUUAACAAAUCAUUCACGCUCUCAUCUUACAAGACUAUAUUUUCUCAUUAUUUAAAUGGCUUGUCCAGUUGUUCUGCAAAAUUUAACGAGGUUUGACAUGUUUUUUUCAGCAGUAGGGUCUUGUGACAACAGUAUCUGCUAAUUCCAGGUCUUUUUGAAGCCCUCCACACGUGGUCCUUGGCUCUUUUCUGAUUAUUCUUUGCACUCCUCUGUUGGAAAUCUUGUGAGGAGCACCAGAUCGAAGCAAUUUCAUGGUGGUAUGAUUGCUUUCCCCUUAUGUAUUAUGGCCUGCUUUUUUGCACCUCCCAUGCUCCAUGUGUUCAAUAAAUUUUUUCUGUCAUUUCACAUUUUUAUACACAACUUUUUUUUGUACUUUCUUUGUAUGUAUGGGUUGUUCCCAUUCUAUGGUGAAACUUUCAGGUCAAUAGCGCUUUAGGAAAUGUAUUCAGUGACGUGUUCAACACUGUACCUGGAAAUGUAAAGGUGACCACACAAGUCUUAUAUUAUACUACUAACCAGGAAGGUGAGGUAUAUUUCCAGACUCAGUGUCCAUUAGAGAUAGAAAAUCUGAUGUUUUAAUUAUUAGUUUUUGGGUUUGGGUCAUAUUGAACACUAUAACGCUUGCUGGAUUUGUGAGGUAGUGGAGGUAUGUGUGUGGAAGUAGCUAAACCUUAUUCUUAUUCUUGAGGCCACAAACUACUUGAACUAUUGUUUGCAGCCAAGUACAGCAUUCCAUUUUCCGAAAAUUACUUCAAGAUCAGUGAGCUUUUCCACAUUAAUUCAUUACUUUGUCCAUCACGUGUGUCCAUGCCUGGCACAAAAUAAGAAAAUGCUAACUUAUCGACACGGCGAUGACAUGAAAACAAGAUUACACAAAAAGGUCAAUCUUCUCAGAUUCCCAUAACAUGACAUGCAUGCUGCCCUUUGUAGACUUUUUUUUUUUCAACAUAACCGCCCCCCACACACAUUUUUGUUAUGAUUUAUAGCACUAUAGUACUAAUGUUUGUUCGCCAUGUUACACAUUUUAUAAACUCCAUCUAACUAUUGAUGUUAUUGUCACUAUUUAACAAUGUAUAUUUCUUGGCCAAAACAUGUACUGUAUGUUAUAAGCUAUUAAGCUGUUUUGGAUGAAUAAAUGGUGCUUUUUUCGGGUGGGGGUGAUCUGCCUGUAGUAGUUGAAAAGCAAACGUCUGUCUUGUAGAUUUAAAGUGUUAUUUUGUCGUGCAGUCUUAUUUAAAUGUCUUAUUCUGUCAUGGUGCUAAUGAUCUUUUUAAAUGUAGUGUCUCAUUUUUUGUCCUGUUCAUUGAAACAAAUGUCUUGUGUAAAUACACAUUUUCACCGUACUUACCUUGUCGCGAUGCCUCCGACUGCAACAAGCCUGUCGAUUGUAGCUACAGUAAAGCGGCUCAUAUUUUUGGAUUUGCCUUGAAAAAGUAUUUUUGUACUUUUCUAAACAUUCUUUAGUGAAAGCAAAUAAUUUGUUGAUGUCUUUGUCACUGAACAUUUUUUAA